AUGUUCAUCUCACACAUCCUCGUCGCCCUCACGGCUUUCGCAAGCAUUACAUCAGCCACCCCUUUCAGCAAUGGAAGAAGGGGAGAUGUAAAAGUGUUAGCAGGAGCACCUAUCAACUCUCUCAACCUUACUGUCAUUCCCGAUUCGCCCGUACAGGGUGAGAACGUCACGUUGAACUGGGGAUAUGGCGAUGCAGGUACGGCACCAUAUAACAUCCAAAUUGGUACAGGAGGAUAUUACGCCAAUUUAACAUGGUUAUACGAAUAUACCAAUCUGACUGAAACGAUCUUCACCUGGAACGUCAAUGUUACUGCUGGUGAAACUCUGGUAUUCCAACUAUGGGAUUCAACCAAUACUACCACCUACACCCAAAAUCAUAAAGUCCUUCCUCCCAGUAAUGAAACUUCUACAGCAACAUCAACAUCGAUUGAUAAUUCGACUAACCCAAGUAACGCAUCUACCAUCGAGCCUGUUACACCAACAGAGACGGCAGAGGGAGAGGAAGAAGAAGAAGAGUCAUUCUUGGGUGAAUUGUUAGCGGAGAUCCAAUCUAAAUUAGAUGGAUAG